AUGGAAGAAGCAGAAGCAGGCGCAGGCCCUUCCCUGGAGCCGGCAGGAGGUGUUGAUCUCAGAGGUGCUGAUCUCAGUCAACCAGCGCCGUCUGAAGUAUCAGAAAGAACCGAAGAUGACAACUAUUCGAUGACUGAAAGUGCUUGCCUCGCGGGGUAUUUCAACCUCCGCAGAUACGGGCAAAUAAUCAACGGAAGAUGGUACGUCUGCCAACCAAUCAACAUUAAGCCGGCAAGAUGUACAAGCCAAGAGAUCGACAACGCGAUCUUCUACAUUAUGAGAAGAUACAAUCCAGAGGACUCUGUUGAAGAACCUGAGGAUAUCUAUGACUUCCUGCACGAGCAGUUUAGUCACUGGACGAAGGAAAUGUACGAAAAAGCAAGCGCGGAUAUGCGCCACGACCUACGAACAAUCGUGAGACGAAGAGGGAUCUAUGUUAAGAUUGCCCGAGGAAAGAAUAUGGCAGAAGCCCUAUGGGAAGCAUUUAAGGACGAAGAAAUGCCUCCCUGGGACCCAACCGACAAACGGGACACCCAGAAUGUGAAGCAAAAGACAGACAAACCGAAGGUUCGGAACCUACCUGUGGGGGAAGACAUCGUGGAAGAGAUCCCUUCGGAAGAACAAAGUCUUCAGCCAGGAACAGGAAAAGAAAGAGCCGACAUCCCAGCAUUGAAUAAAGGAAUGACGACACCAUUAUCCGAUCUCAACGACCAGAAUACUUUUCCACAGAGUGCCCGAAAGCCGAAGACGCCUGGAUGGCCCUCCCCUAUUAAUGAUCCCAAUUUUGGAAGUCAUUACAGAGGCCAGCCACGAGGACUCCCCUACGGUGCACAUCUCAGGAAGCAUGAUGCCACAAAACCCGAAAUUCCUGCUGACGCAGAACUGGGGAAGCGGAGUCAGAAUAACGGAAGCAGAGAUGACGACGACGAAAGAUACUAUGGUCAUGAUCCCGGAAGGGAAGACUACAGGCGAGGAACCGAUCAAAGAGGGCAACGACAAUAUCAACCGAUAAUUGAUAUCCCGAGAAAGGUGGCGGAUCUCACAAAGAUGUACACAGACGUUGAGAAGUACGGAGGGAUGCCGGAAGAGUUCUUAAUGAACAGUCUUCAUCUUUUUGAAGAUAAAUGCAACCGCCUUGAGAUACCACAGACAGCAUUCAUGAAGGCACUGCCAGCGAUGCUAAAGGGUCAAGCAUCGUUAUUUUAUGCCAGGAGUCUCGCCAACAGAGGGCUGGACUUUACCCAACUGGUUGGGAAACUCCAUCGUCAAUUCGAAUCGCAGCCUCUGCAGCAGGAACGACAGAUGGAAUGGCGAUCUUUAUCCCUGAAGAAGAUCAUUACGCAAAACCCAUCAAAGCCAAUGAUGGAAAACCUACAAUGGCUUAUCAAUCGGAUCCAAGAGCUGCACUCAGGUCUAGACAUGGACCAAGAAAGAGGUGAAGAGGAAAUGGCGGAAACACUCCUGGUCGCUGUUCGAGGCAUCCCAGCUUGUGGCCGGGCCCUCCUCCGCCCAGCUGGAAGUUUUGGCAGCCUGUCAGCAGAGUUGUUGCAAGCUGUUGCUGUUUGGCAAGACGAACAGAACCAACGUGACGAUACAUUCUUCGUGGAUCGUCAAUUCCGAGGAGAUGUCAAAGGAAACGGAAGCUGGCAAGGCAACGGAGGUUGGAAGGGAAGAAAUUCCAAUUCCAGAGGAGGUUAUCGCGGGACCUCUGAUGGCAAUCAACGAGGUAACCACCAACAAGGACGACCAAAGAAAUGCUAUGUAUGUGGCAAGAUAGGCUGUUUCUCAACCCGCCACAGCGAGAAGGAACAAGCUGAUGCAAAAGCUGCCUGGUUCAAAAACAAGCAUCACAAACGACCUCCAACCGAGAAAGUCUUCCAGGCAUUCCUGAUGGAACUGGAAGGCACGGACAAUGACAUGGACAUGAUGGUCCAACAAUUCUAUAACCAGAAUAUUGAAGACUCUGACGACGAGUAUCACGAAGAAGAAGCGGCGGAAGAAGAAGAAAGCCUCCGGAGAUCGACCAGGAGAACACGGGGUCGCCCGCGAAAGCGCCUGAUGGACGAGAUAUUCCUUCAGGAGCUAUGGAUGAUGAAUGCAGCGACCGGCGAGUCGUUGAUGCCGGAAGUGUUCUUCAUGGAAGCAUGGAUCGUCGACCAGGACACUGGCGAGAGCUUUAUCUCUGCGAAAGAAAAGAACGACUUCCAACUGGCAGUUGACCUGCGGCAGCAGGGAAUAAUCACAACUCCAGGAGACCCAUUUGAGGCGUCUGACCGAAAGGAAAUUGAUGAUCUGCUCGCGCGAGAAGUCUUCGAGUUCAUUCAAUAUGACGAAGAAAAACACCGAGGCAUCCGGAUCUUUGAUCCCAGGAUGGUCAGAGAGAUCAAAGGGAAGGAUACAGCUGUCCCAUAUGAGAAAUCACGACUGGUUAUCCGCGGCUUCAAUGACGCAGGAAAGGAGACAAUCCUGACAGCUAACCCAACAAUCCAACGAUCAAGCCAACGCCUUCUUAUAGCUCUGGCACCUGUUCUCGCUGAGAGAGGUAUCUUCAUCUGGAUCAGAGAUAUCAAACAAGCGUACACGCAGUCAACCACAGCGCUCAACAGAACGAUUCUGGCGAAGGUUCCGAAGCAUUUGAAAUCCGCCUACCCUCCAGGAACGAUCAUGAGAGUGAUUAAACCACUGUAUGGAAUACCAGAAGCUGGAACGCAUUGGUGGGUGACAUACAGCAAACACCAUCGCGAGAAACUGGGAAUGACGAACUCAACGUUUGAUCCAUGCCUUAUGAUAUCGGAAGAUGAUAAAUUUGGCAUCGUGGGGAUGCAAACAGACGAUACAAUCGGACUCAGUGACGAAAGAUUCUUCAUCCACGAACAGGAAGAAUUGGAAAAGGCGGGUUUUGCAGCAAAACCAAAGGAGCGACUGACGAUGGAAACUCCAAUAACCUUCAAUGGGUGCCGCCUGGAAUUGGAAGAAGGAGGUGUGAUCCAUCUGAUGCAAAAGUCACAAGCGAAGAAGAUGAAGAUCCCGACUUCAAAACAAGAAUAUAUCGAGGAACGAGCGAGAGGCGCGUACAUCGCCAGCAUCUGCCAACCGGAAGCAGCCUUCGACCUGUCAGUCGCUGCCCAACAGCAAGAACCGACGGAGGAUGACUUCAGAAAGUUGAGCAACCGGUUACAAUGGCAGAUUGAUAACCAGAGACGAGGCCUCCAUUAUGUGCCAUUUGACUUCGCUAAGGCGAAGCUCUUCGUCUUUGUUGACGGUUCCUUCGCAAACAAUAAAGAUUUAAGCUCCCAGCUGGGAUAUAUAAUCGUUUUCGGAACCGAAGAAGCAACAGACGAUCAGAACAAGGUCACGAUAAAGGGAAACAUCAUCACAUGGGCCUCAAUUAAAUCGAAGAGAGUCACGAGAAGCGCCCUUGCUUCUGAACUGUACAGCAUGGUGCAGGGAGCAGACAUUGGAUACGCAAUCAACUCGACGAUGGCAAUGAUCACGAAACAGCUCCGGACCCGAGAGAUACCGAUGAUCCUGUGUACCGACUCCUUCUCCCUCUAUGAGUGCCUCGUCAAAUUGGGCACAACAAAAGAGAAGAGAUUGAUGAUCGACAUAAUGGCUCUUCGACAGUCAUACGAGAGACGCGAAGCACAAGAGAUCCGAUGGAUCAACGGCGACGACAACCCGGCCGAUGCGAUGACGAAGACGACCCCGAACAAGGCGCUGAAAGGCCUCAUCGAUACGAAUAAAAUGACAAUUCGGAUGAAGGGCUGGGUGGAAAGGAAGAAAGAGGCAUGA